CGCAUGCGCAGUGUGGUUGUCAGCGGGUUGGUUGGGCUUGUGUUUACAGCUCGGCUGGAUGCUGUUGGCUGCUGAUGUGCCUGGGAAAGUGCAAUGUCGUGCCAAGCUCCACCGGAAUAAAAUAUCUUUACAGGAAUAAAGGGGAUUUUGCUCAUCAUCUCCCACCGCUUCCUCCUCCCGUCUUCCAUUCAUGAGCAGCGUAGCUGAAUUUUACAGCGACAGCCAUGGAUGACAAGGGCUCAGUGGGGAAGAUUAGCGUGUCUUCAGACUCAGUGUCCACUCUCAACAGUGAGGACUUUGUCCUCGUGUCCCGGCUGGGGGAUGAGACACCCUCUUCUACUAAUAAUGGUAGUGAUGAUGAGAAGACAGGACUGAAGGUGAUUUCUGAGGAAGGGGUCAGCUUUAAGAUUGUGGGGAAUGGGAGUGAGCAGCAGCUGCAACGGGAGUUAGAGGACGUCCUCAUGGACCCGUCGGUGCAUGAGGACGCGCUGGGAUCCGAGCGGAGACUGGACGGUGUUUGUGGCGACGGGUCCAGCCCUCACCUUAAUAGGCCGUCGCCCGUACUGCCAGGCCUGGACCCUCUGAGCGCACCGCCCCCCAAGUUGGAGAUGGUGCUUCCUGUUCAGACGCCCCAGGAGAGCGAGCUGAAUGAGAGGUCUUACAGAGCAGAUGAAUCCUCUUCAGAAGGCAGUCCUUGCAGUCCCAUUCCAGACGAGGACAGCGUUGUGUUCAGCCAGCUCACAUAUCUUGGAUGUGCCUCAGUCAACGCCCCCCGCAGCGAGGUGGAGGCUCUGCGAAUGAUGAGCAUUCUUAGGGGGCAGUGCCAGGUCCCACUGGAUGUAACCCUGUCUGUGCCAGGCGUGUCUGAAGGCACCGUCAGGUUGUUGGAUCCCCACAACAACACAGAGAUUGCCAACUACCCCAUCUAUAAGAUUCUGUUCUGUGUGCGAGGCCAUGACGGCACGCCGGAGAGUGACUGCUUUGCCUUCACAGAGAGUCACUACAAUGCAGAGAUCUUCAGGAUCCACGUGUUCCGCUGCCAAAUACGAGAGGCGGUGAGUAGGAUACUGUACAGUUUUGCCACUGCUUUUCGGCGCUCUGCGAAGAAGUCAGUUCUGUCAUCGCAGCAGGCUCCGCCUCUCACUCCUGACAGUGAUCUGUUCACCUUUACGGUCAGCCUGGAGAUUAAGGAGGAUGAUGGCAAAGGCACCUUCAGUGCUGUAGCAAAAGACAAGGACAAACAGAGCUUCAAGCUGCGUGCCGGAAUGGACAAGAAAAUUGUCAUUUAUGUUCAGCAGACCUCCAACAAGGAACUGGCAAUCGAGAGGUGUUUCGGACUGCUGCUCAGCCCGGGGAAAAAUGUGAAAAACAGCGACAUGCACCUGCUGGAUCUGGAGUCAAUGGGAAAAAGCUCAGACGGAAAGUCUUACAUCAUCACAGGAAGUUGGAACCCCAACACGCCUCAGUUCCAGGCUGUAAACGAGGAAACACCCAAAGAUAAAUUCAUGUACAUGACGACAGCAGUGGACCUGGUCAUCACAGAGGUCGAGGAGCCGGUCCGUUUUCUGCUGGAGACGAGGGUCAGAGUGUGCUCGCCCAAUGACCGGCUGUUCUGGCCCUUCAGCAAACGCAGCUUCACCGAGACCUUCUACCUUAAACUGCGACAGAUGGAGCGGAAAGAGCGAAAGAGUCCUGCCUCUGACACACUUUAUGAGGUGCUGAGUUUGGAAAGUGAGUCCGAAAGAGAAAAAAGGAAAACCACGGCGAGUCCAAACAUCGUCCUGGGUGGAGCUGGCACCGGGGCUCCAUCGCCACCAGAGGAUGAUGAGGAGGAAGAUAACGACGAGCCCCUGCUGAGUGGGUCAGGAGACGUUUCGAAGGAAUGUGCUGAGAAGAUACUGGAGACCUGGGGAGACCUGUUGUCCAAGUGGCACAUGAACCUAUCGGUGCGUCCAAAACAGCUGCCAGCUUUGGUGCGAAGCGGGAUCCCUGAGGCACUCCGCGGGGAGGUGUGGCAGCUUCUUGCAGGUUGUCACAACAAUGACCACCUGGUAGAAGAGUAUCGGACUCUGAUUACAAAGGAGUCUCCCCAGGACAGUGCAAUCACCAGGGACAUCAACAGGACGUUCCCUGCUCAUGACUACUUCAAAGACACCGGAGGAGAUGGGCAAGACUCCCUCUACAAGAUCUGCAAGGCUUACUCUGUUUAUGAUGAAGAGAUAGGGUACUGCCAGGGACAGUCUUUCUUGGCUGCAGUGCUGCUCCUACACAUGCCAGAGGAGCAAGCUUUUAGUGUUCUGGUGAAGAUCAUGUUUGAUUAUGGGCUCAGGGACCUUUUCAAACAGAACUUUGAAGAUCUGCACUGCAAGUUCUUCCAGCUUGAGAGACUCAUGCAGGAAUGUAUACCGGAUCUAUAUAACCAUUUCCUGAAUGUGGGCCUGGAGGCUCAUAUGUAUGCUUCUCAGUGGUUCCUCACCCUCUUCACAGCCAAGUUCCCUCUCUACAUGGUCUUCCAUAUAAUGGACUUGCUACUGUGUGAGGGAAUUAGUGUGAUUUUUAAUGUAGCCUUGGCUCUUCUAAAGACGUCAAAAGACGAUCUAAUCCAAUCGGACUUCGAAGGCGCACUUAAGUUCUUUCGUGUCCCGGUCCCAAAGAGGUACCGCUCUGAGGAAAACGCCAAGAAACUGAUGGAGCUGGCCUGCAGCAUGAAGAUCAGCCAGAAGAAGUUAAAGAAAUUUGAGAAAGAGUAUCACACCAUGAGGGAGCAACAAGAGCAGCAAGAAGCUCCGAUUGAGAGAUACGAGCGAGAGAACCGACGCCUGCAGGAGGCCAACAUGCGCUUGGAGCAGGAGAACGACGACUUGGCCCACGAACUAGUUAGCAGCAAGAUCGCCCUGAGAAAAGACCUCGACAAUGCUGAGGAGAAGGCAGACGCCCUGAAUAAAGAGCUGCUGCUGACCAAACAGAAGCUGGUGGACUCGGAGGACGAGAAGAGGAGACUGGAAGAGGAGUCCGCUCAGCUGAAGGAGAUGUGCAGACGGGAGCUGGAUAAGUCGGAAUCUGAGAUUAAGAAGAAUGGUUCCAUCAUUGGGGAAUAUAAACAGAUUUGCUCCCAGCUGAGCGAACGCCUGGAGAAGCAGCAGACAGCCACCAGAGGGGAGCUGGAGAAAAUCCGAUCCAAAGUCGAAGGCUGUGAGAAGUGCAGCAGCCUCUUCAACAAGGAGGGGCGCGUGCGGGCCACCGUGACCACGGCGCCCGCCGGGGGAACAGAGGAGACGGACGAGGAGAAGGAGAGCCUGAAGAACCAGCUCAGGGAGAUGGAGCUGGAGCUGGCGCAGACCAAACUGCAGCUGGUGGAGGCGGAGUGCAAAAUCCAGGACCUGGAGCACCAUCUGGGUUUGGCUCUGAAUGAGGUGCAGGCCGCCAAGAAGACCUGGUUCAACCGAACGCUCAGCUCCAUCAAGACCGUCACCGGGACCCAGGGCAAAGACACCGCCUAACCCGCUCACCUACUUGUAACCACCCAUUUGGAGCUCCCUCUCCCCCCCCCCCACUUUGUGGGCCACUAACGUAACCUGAAGCAUUAACCGUUAAACCUGAGGGGCUCCUCUUCUUUUUCAGCAAAAAACUGUUUUUUGUUCCUGUGUUGAACAAGAGUCGUCCUAACUGUCCCAUUCCAAAUCUUUUCUACAACGCCCCCCAAAAAACCCCCCCACCACCUGGGAGCACCGACGACAAAGGGAGUCAAACCAAAAACUGGGUUUCCCACUGAGACGAUGUACGUCCGUACGCACAGGAGAAGCACUGCUAAAGGAGGAGAUUCUGUUGGUGUACUGCUGAUGCAGAGGAAGCUGCCGGAAGAAAACACUUAACCGUCUGACGGCGCCUUCCCCAAACUACUGGCACAAAUCAAAAACCCCUUCUGUCUUUGGUUUGGUUUUUAGGUACGACAGCUGAUAGUCGCCUUUUGGAAACAAAGCUUUUCACCUUUUUUUUUUUUUUUUAAUGCUUUUUCACAAAGUUGCUGAUGUAAAGAGAGUAUAUGUGUGUGGCUGCUUAUUGUUGUGUAUUGUGCUCGGGUUGUGAGACUGACUGAAUGGAUUUUUGUCUUUCUGGUGUUUGGGAAACUCUCAUGGAAGGAAAAAGCACUAAGUGUACGAGUGUGUGCAUGCAUGUCCCCUAAUGUUUCUAAUGUGUUCAUAAGUUAUGCUAAAGACGAGUGUGCUGACGAAGCCUGAAGAUGAAGGUCGAUGAAGACGGAGGAGGAUGUGAAUUCUGUACAUUUGGACGCCGUCACGCUAACCAUAAAUGUUCUCACAUGAGGGGAAAUCAGAGAUUUCUGGAGGUUAGUUUGACUUUUUUUUUAGCACAAACACGCUUAAAAGCAGCCAAACUUCUGCUUUUGUUCUAAAAUAAAGUUGUGUGAGAACACUAAAGUGAAGCCUGUGGAAGAGCCGUUAUCAAUCUUGAAAAGCAUAUUUACCGCCUUUACCUGCAGUUUGGACCUCUGAUGGCGGCUGUCAUCACGGCCAUUGAUUUAUGACGUUACCUUGAAGUACAGAAGGUUUCCCAGAUUUAGAUGUUCACAAAUGGCCACAAGUUGCAGCAAGGUGGUGUAAAGGAUUGAUGUCAGAAACCAGCUGUCAUGUAUUUGAACUCUGUGGUCAUCAUGAUGCUCCAGCAGGCCGUUCUUCACCUGAAACCCAAGUUCUUUAUUAGGAAAAACAAAGCAAAACGAUAAAGUCAUCAAAUUGAGCUCAGAAAAAUCCCUUAAAGACACUUCUUAAACGCUUUAAAAAAUGGAAGUGGCUCCGCCCCCUCUGGAAUGUAAGGCAGGAAAGAAAGCGGCUGUUCCUUGAACCGCUUGUGUCUGUGAGCGGGAAUAAUCACGUUUUUGCUUCACUGUAUCAGAAACAGGGAAAAAAAAGCACUUUUUUUUGUUUUUCUUCUCCAGCCGAAGAUCAAGCGUUCUUCUAAAUUGCAUCUUAACUUGAAAGCGUGCGUUCUGACCCAUCGGAGGAGAACCGCUCCAAAAGCACUGGGCUGUAAAUAAACGUCAAAAGCUAAAUAUUGAAUUUUUGUUGUUGGUUUUUCUACUAUGUAACUGUAACUCAUGUUGCCUACCUUUUCUCUCCUAGCUGCUGCCGUGCUCCAGUUCAAUCCACAAUGCUUUUUUUUGUUUUUAAUGUCUAAAUUUGUUUGUUUUUGUUUGCUCCAGGCUUUUCAUUGGCACUGAUGUUUGGUUAUUUAAAUGCCAAAACGUAGCUUUCUCAUCCAAGAGCAUAAACACUAGCACAGUGUGGAUAUUGUGAUAGAAUAGACUCCAUUGUGUAUACUUAAGGAUUUUAAUAUAAAAAGUAUCAACGCUCUUUUUUUGCCUCAUAUUAAAAAAAAAAAUAGAACAUUUCAAAAGGUUUGGAUCAGAUUUUUAUUUUGACUUGUAAAAGAAAUUAUACAUUUUUUUCCCUCUUUAUUGAAAUCUCUACCCAGAUUUCUGAUUGAUGGAUCAGAUAUUCUUGAAUUAUACUUAAUGUUGUUUUUAUCCAUGGCUACACCGACACUAAUCCUUUGGUUUUUCUACCGAAGAGCCAAAUGCAGUUCAUCAGGUGACCACUAGGGGGCUUGACAAACAAGUCAGUCUCAUGUUGAACGGAAAUAAACGUCCUUCCAGGCUGGUUUAAAA